CUUCCACACACUCCACUCUUCUCCUCCUUUCUAGGGUUUCAAUCUCUGAAAUCCUCUCCUCUCUCAUCUCCAAAUUCGCAUUCUAGGGCUUUGAUUUCUCCCCAGUAGAACCGAGGAUGUACAUCAAGGAGAUCUGUUUGGAGGGUUUCAAGUCCUACGCCACGAGGACGGUGGUCUCUGGCUUCGAUCCCUUCUUCAACGCCAUCACGGGGCUCAAUGGCUCCGGUAAGUCCAACAUCCUCGAUUCCAUCUGCUUCGUUCUUGGGAUCACCAAUCUCCAGCAGGUUCGCGCUACCAACCUCCAGGAACUUGUUUACAAGCAGGGCCAGGCCGGGAUCACCAAGGCCACUGUCUCCAUUGUCUUUGAUAACUCCGAUCGCAGCCGUAGUCCCCUUGGCUACGAGGACUGCCCUGAAAUCACGGUCACGAGGCAGAUAGUUGUUGGGGGCCGGAAUAAGUACCUUAUAAAUGGGCACCUUGCCCAGCCUUCCCGAGUUCAAACCCUUUUCCACUCUGUGCAACUUAAUGUUAACAAUCCACAUUUUCUCAUAAUGCAAGGACGAAUUACGAAAGUUCUGAAUAUGAAGCCUCCCGAAAUUUUAUCCAUGUUGGAGGAGGCUGCUGGAACAAGGAUGUAUGAGAUGAAAAAGGAAGCUGCUUUGAGGACGCUUGAGAAGAAACAAAGUAAGGUGGAUGAGAUUGAUAAGCUCCUUGACCAAGAAAUUCUUCCAGCUUUAGAGAAGCUUAGGAAAGAGAGGAUGCAAUAUAUGCAGUGGGCCAAUGGCAAUGCAGAAUUAGAUCGCCUCAAAAGGUUCUGUAUUGCUUAUGAAUUUGUUCAGGCGGAGAAAGUCCGAGAAAGUGCUGUUAGUGAGGUGGGUCAGAUCAAGUCAAGAAUUACAGAGCUGGAAGAUUAUGCCGGAAGAUUGAAAGCAGAGGUUCAGGAAACAGAAAAUAAAAUAUCUGCUUUGACUGCUGAGAAAGAAGCAAAAAUGGGUGGUGAUAUGGUGACGUUGUCAGAGAAGGUAGAUGCCCUCUCUCGCUCCCUUGUGAAAGAAACCUCUGUCAUGACUAAUCAAGAGGAGUCUCUGAGGACUGAGGAGGCAUCUGCUCAAAAGAUUUUCAAGAGCAUUGAAGAUGUCAAACGAUCAAUAGGAGAGAGGGAUUCUGCUGUCAGCAAAGUUGAUGAUGGGGCAGCUGGUUUGAAAAAAAGAGUGGAAGAUUUAACUAAGGAUUUGGAUGAAUGUGAGAGAGAAUACCAGGGAGUGCUAGCUGGCAAGAGCAGUAGGAAUGAUGAGAAGUGCCUUGAAGAUCAGCUAAGGGAUGCUAAAGCUGCUGUUGGAGAAACUGAAACAGCAUUAAAACAGUUGCAAACAAAAACCAGCCAUUCUGAGAAGGAGCUGAAAGAGAAAAGAGAGCUGUUGACAUCAAAGUGUGAAGAAGCUGCCUCUGUAGAAAAUGAACUUAGUCUCAGAAAGGAAGAACUGGAAAAUCUUAAAACAACUCUGGCUUCAAUCACUUAUGAGGAAGGUCAGAUGGAAGCUUUGGAAAAGGAACGCAAUAACGAGCUGGGAAUGGUUCAGCAGCUGAAAGAUGAAAUUCGGAUACUUUCUGGACAGCUGGUGAAUGUUCAAUUCACUUACAAGGACCCAGUAGUAAAUUUUGACAGGUCAAAGGUGAAGGGGGUGGUUGCAAAGCUGAUUAAAGUAAAAGACAGUUCUGCAAUGACUGCCUUGGAGGUUGCAGCUGGAGGAAAAUUGUUUAAUGUUGUUGUAGACACAGAAAACACUGGGAAGCAGCUUCUCAAAAAUGGUGAUCUACGACGGCGAGUCACAAUUAUACCUUUGAACAAAAUUCAAUCUUAUACUGUUCCCUUGAAUGUCCAGCAAGCUGCUGCUCGGCUGGUUGGUGAAGGAAAUGCAGAAUUGGCCCUCUUAUUGAUAGGGUAUGAGGAUGAAGUGAAGAAUGCAAUGGCUUAUGUGUUUGGAUCAACAUUUGUCUGCCGAGGUACUGAUGCUGCAAAAGAGGUUGCUUUUACUCGCAAUAUUAGCACACCCAGUGUAACUCUUGAGGGCGAUAUUUUCCAGCCAAGUGGUCUCCUGACUGGUGGCAGCCGGCGUGGUGGGGGUGAAUUGUUAAAGCAGCUUCAUGUCUUAGCUGAGGCAGAAUCAAAGCUUUCCCUCCAUCAGAACAGAUUAACAGAAGUAAAUGACAAGAUUGCUGUGCUUUCACCUCUUCAGAAGAAGUUCAUGCACCUUAAAUCUCAAGUGGAACUUAAGGCCUAUGAUUUUUCCCUCUUUCAGAGAAGAGCGGAACAGAAUGAGCACCAUAAGCUUGCUGAGCUUGUGAAGAAAUUGGAGCGAGAUCUUCAAGAAGCUAAAGCAGGAUCUGAAGAAAAACAAAUUCUGUAUGGAAAAUGUGUCGCUCAAGUUGCACUUCUUGAGAAGGGCAUUAAAGAACAGGGUAGCCUACGUGAAACUAGACUUAAAGAUCUAGAGAAAAAGAUAAAGUCAUUAAAAUCAGAGAUUCAGUCAGCUUCAAAGCAACUCAAGGCUAGUGAAAAUGAAAGGGAGAGGCUUUUGCUGGAAAAAGCAGCAGAUAUUGACGAACUUUCUAAGCUGGAGAAUCAGCUAGCUUCUCUAGAAGGACAAAUUAGUGCUUUGAGAGAAGCACUUAACAAACGAAAAAUGGAGGUUAGUUCUUUGAAGCAGGAAUUUGACAAAGCUGAAGCUGAGUUAAAAAAGAGCCGUGAACAGAUGAAAGAAUGUGACUCACAGAUUAGUUGCAUUGUUAAAGAGCAGCAGAAACUUCAGCAGAAACUCAGUGAUGCAAAUCUUGAGAGGAAGAAGAUGGAAAAUGAGGUGAAACGCAUGGAGAUGGAACAGAAAGAUUGUUCUUUGAAGGUUGAUAAGCUACUUGAAAAACAUGGAUGGAUUGCAACUGAAAAGCAGCUAUUUGGAAAAUCUGGAACUGAUUAUGACUUUUCUAAUUCUGACCCUUAUAAGUCAAAGGAAGAACUUGAUAAGUUGCAAGCUGAACAAUCCAGCCUUGAGAAGAGGGUGAACAAAAAAGUAAUGGCAAUGUUUGAAAAGGCAGAAGAUGAAUAUAAUGACUUGAUUUCCAAGAAAAAUAUCAUAGAGAAUGAUAAAGCGAAAAUAAAAAUGGUGAUUGAAGAGUUAGAUGAAAAGAAGAAGGAAACUCUGAAGGUGACAUGGGUUAAGGUGAACAAAGAUUUUGGAUCCAUCUUUAGCACACUUUUACCUGGCACAAUGGCUAAGCUCGAACCUCCCGAAGGAUCUAGCUUUCUCGAUGGUCUUGAAGUUCGUGUUGCAUUUGGAAGUGUGUGGAAACAAUCUUUAUCAGAGCUAAGUGGGGGACAAAGAUCACUUCUUGCUCUUUCUCUCAUUUUGGCCUUGCUUCUUUUUAAGCCUGCACCACUUUAUAUUCUAGAUGAGGUGGAUGCUGCUUUGGAUCUGAGCCACACACAGAAUAUUGGAAGAAUGAUCAAAUCCCAUUUUCCACAUUCUCAGGAUGAACAAACUGGUUGGGGAGGACAUUUUCAUGUGCUUUAUGGAGAGGAGAUGAAAUGAACAGAAGAUGGUUGAAAUUGUCAACCUCUUAUUGUAGCAUAACAAAUACAUGAAUCCAAGAUUUGUUUCUACUCAUUAUCAAACUACAUUGAAAUGAAAUUUUGCAUAAAAGUUUGUCAUACUCAUGGAUCCUUGAAUUUCUGGCGUUUCAAAGCAUUUCACUUUCACAGGGUUCCACUUUCACUCGAAAAAGGAAUGAUACUUUCAUUGGUGAUAUCAGAUUAAACUAGUACUUCGCUUGGAUACAUUUUGUUUCUGUUCUUAUUUUGUGUCCAUGUACUUUUAAUGACUAAAAAAUUAUGCUUAAUCCUAUAGACUGUGGUUCUAUUUAGUUUGUAAAUAUUCUGGCUAAAGAUGUAGGAUAUCA